UCUCUCCACUCCUCAUUACGCAAUGCAGACAGUAGUCCUAUUUGUUUCUAUAACAUUGCAUUACUUUUUAUUUUUUUAUUUAGAAGUAUAAAGGAUUAUAAUACAUAGAAUACAUUUGUUGAGUCUUUAGGAACAGAAUAUCUAACUGAUAAAAAUAGUUUACCACGAAAAGAGACUUUACCACAAGCUUGUUGAAGAGACAACUAUCUAACUAUCCAGUGGAGUAAUCCUGUAAUCCUCCCGAACCCCAUUCCAGCAUUUACAGAGAAUCUCUCUUUCAGGCUUUUUGUUUCCCUCUCUUUUUAAUACCGAAUUCUCGGGAUGCGCGUGUUCCUGUUCGCAGCGACGGUACUUUUCGCGCACAAUCUCACCGGGUCUGGUGCCGGCGCCGAGUCCAGCUCCAAAAAGUGUUCCUCCCAGUGCGACGUGAGCGCGUGUCCUAGUCCGAAAUGCCCCAGCGGGUAUAUCCCAGACCGGUGCAACUGUUGCCUGGUGUGUUCCCGGGGCGAGGGUGAACUCUGUGGCCGGAAAAAUUACCUCCUGUGUGGGGACGGCUUAGAGUGUAGGUCCCCUAACGGUCCUAACGAGGGCCUGGCGGGGAAGCGGAGCUCCAAGCGGCGGCUGUGUCAGUGUAAGAUGGGGUAUAAGGUGUGUGGUAGCGACGGGAAGACGUACAGGAAUGUGUGUCGGAUGAAGGCUGCCAGCCGGAAAGCUCUUCAGAAGGAAAGGGAGGCCAUCACCCAAGCACACAAGGGACCCUGUCCAUCAGGUAAGUCCUAGCCGUUAGCCUAUAGCCUAGCUCUCAUCCAGGGCGUUACGUGCGGCUUGAGUUGCGUUU